AAACGUGAAGACAUUUCGAUCCACUUCAUCAAUUUCUAACUGUAGCACCACCGACGACCGAUUUCAAUCUCCCCAAAACCAACAGGAUUUCGAACAACAAUCAAUCUGAUUGUCAUAUCGAUCGACUAAUUGGAUGAGCGGGAGUGAAGGAAGCUCAGGCCACUCCGGUGGUGCUCCGGCGAAGAAGAAGGACAAAGCUAAAGUGAGCCGGACCUCGCUUAUACUUUGGCACGCUCACCAGAACGAUGCCGCUGCAGUGAAGAAGCUUUUGGACGAAGAUCGCUCUUUGGUUAAUGCUAGGGAUUACGAUAAUCGAACUCCGCUUCACGUUGCUUCACUUCAUGGAUGGGUCGAUGUUGCUAAAUGUUUGAUCGAGUAUGGCGCUGAUGUUAAUGCUCAAGAUCGAUGGAAGAACACGCCUCUAGCAGAUGCAGAAGGAGCUAAAAAACAUAACAUGAUUGAGUUACUGAAGUUACACGAUGGCAAGUCAUUGGGCCAAAAUGGAAGCCACUCUGAACCAAAACCUGUGCUACCCCCUCUUUCAAAUAAGUGUGACUGGGAAAUUGACCCUGUGGAGCUUGAUUUCACAAGCUCACACAUUGUAGGCAAGGGUUCCUUUGGUGAGAUUAUAAAAGCAUCUUGGCGUGGAACACCUGUAGCUGUGAAACGUAUACUUCCAAGUCUCUCAGAUGACAGAUUCGUGAUUCAGGACUUUAGACACGAGGUCAACUUACUGGUCAAACUUCGCCACCCUAACAUAGUACAAUUCCUUGGAGCUGUUACUGAAAAGAAACCCUUAAUGCUAGUCACCGAGUUUUUACGAGGGGGUGAUCUUCAUCAGUGUCUGAAGGAAAAGGGUGCUCUUAAUCCAACAACAGCUAUAAACUUUGCUCUAGACAUUGCAAGAGGCAUGGCUUAUAUGCAUACUGAGCCAAAUGUGAUAAUUCAUAGAGACUUAAAACCAAGGAAUGUUCUUUUAGUCAACUCCAAUGCUGACCAUCUUAAAGUUGGAGACUUUGGACUAAGCAAACUUAUUAGAGUUCAAAAUUCUCAUGAUGUCUACAAAAUGACUGGAGAAACAGGAAGCUAUCGUUACAUGGCUCCUGAAGUCUUCAAGCACCGUAGAUAUGAUAAGAAAGUUGAUGUCUACUCUUUCGCAAUGAUUCUCUACCAGAUGAUUGAAGGGGAUCCACCGUUGUCAAAUUAUGAACCUUAUGAAGCAGCAAAAUGUGCAGCAGAAGGGCUGCGGCCUGUUUUUAGGGCAAAAAGUUACAGUCCUGACCUCAGAGAAUUGACAGAGAACUGCUGGGAUGCGGAUAUGAACAAGAGACCUUCGUUCUUGGAGAUUUUGAAAAGGCUUGAAAAAAUUAAGGAAAAAAUGGGGACAGAUCACCAUUGGCACAUUUUUACAUCUUGAAAUAUAUAUAUAUGUCAUCAAGAACAACAAACAUUGCAAAUCUCUCUUCUUGUUGUGACUUGUGAGUGAGUAUAUUAUAUCAUGUUGAAAAAUGAUUGUAUUUGUGGAGUUGAUAAACAUGUACACAAUGAGCACGUCGUAGGUCUUUCCUUUUGUUUUCCCUUCACUUCGAUGACACUUUUGUUGUAAAUGCUAAAUUAUCAACUUUUUUUUUUUC